GACCACCAAUUAGGGUUUCAGUGAUGGCUCAAUCAAUAGGAAGAAACAUGGCAGCUCCAUUGCUGUUUCUCAACCUAAUAAUGUAUAUCAUAGUCGUGGGCUUUGCUAGUUGGUGUCUCGACAGGUUCAUCAAUGGCCAAACUAACCAUCCUGGGUUUGGAGGCAAUGCUGCUAUUAUGUUCUUCCUUAUAUUCGCGAUUCUCACCAGCAUCAUUGGUGUGGCAUCGAAGUUUGCCGGCGGCGGCCAUAUAAGGUUAUGGAGGAAUGAGAGCCUUGCAUCGGCAGCUUCUUCAGCUCUCAUAGCUUGGGCCAUCACUGCCCUUGCAUUUGGGUUUGCAUGUAAAGAGAUCGACACAGGAAGGUACAGGGGAUGGAGAUUGAAGGUUUUGGAGGCCUUCAUAAUAAUACUCACUUUCACCCAACUUCUCUACCUGCUAUUGGUCCAUGCAGGAAACUUCAGCACCAAGUUUGGUCCCGGGUAUCGUGAAACCGAUUACACGGUCGGGGCACCCGGUACGGAUCUGGGUCACAAGGAUGGUGUGAGUACUAGGGUAGUUUAACUAGCUUGUGAUAAGAAUAUUAAUGAAUUAAUCAUGUAUUAAUUGAAAGUAAGUCUUUAAUUAUGUGUUAAAGUCUCUAUCUUUACCUU